CAAAAUGAAUAAAACUGAAAGUGUAGCAGUCGCCUUUUCUCCAGAAGACAGUAAAACUCAAAUAAUUCUUCCUCUUAAUGCUGCCAUAAAAAUCUUUACAUAUUUAACGCGAGACGAAAUAGAAGUGUGCAAACAAGUCUGCAGUGGCUGGAAACAACUAGUCGAGUUUGCUGAUAAACAACUGCCUAAAAGGCCUAUUGAUGCUGUUGUUCUUAGCUCAAAUCAUGAAUAUACAAUCUCAAUUUACUAUAAAGACGUUAGACGUGUCUAUUGUUUUCGAAAAUAUUUUUAUGACAGAGAUAUUGAUGAGAUUGAACUUAAAAGAGUUACUAAACUGCCGCAGUUGUUUGAUGAACACAACUACAGAUUUCCUUGUGGAGAAUCUUUUCCUUGUGUUUAUGAUCAUUUUAACUUUGGGCUGUUCGAUCAUAUGCACGAUUUGGAGUGUAGAAGUAAGUCAUUUUACAGUAGAAUUUGCUCUAGUGCAGUUUCCCCUCACCGUUGA